AUUUGUCGAUUGGUGACGAAGUUAUUCCGUCGUGAUACCAAAAUAGCAUAGUACAGAGUUUCUACAGACAGAACGUUUCUUGUCACAGUACAGUGAAGAUGUCUCAAUUGACAACCAAACACUGCGAUAAUGAAUCACUUCUAGAGUUUCGAGGCAAACACAGUUUUGUUGAUGGUAUAAAAAACCUCGAUCGUAUCAUUCGUAUUGUGUUUGCAGUUAAGAUAACAAACAAGAACUCUGCUCGCCAAGUGUUAAAACAGCUCCCACCUCUUGUCGUUGAUAUGUGUAACUCUUUCAAAAAAUCAUUGAAUGCACUAGAAGAUGAAAAUGAAAAAGUAUCGAAGAACCUCGAAGAAAUUGUUGCAUUUAUUGGUAGAACGAGGAAAAAUUUAACCCUAAAGACAACUGAAAUGAAACAGCUUAAGGCGAAGCUUACUUCGUUAAGAUAUGACUUAUCUCGUUGCAUAUAUGAACUACAAGUUGUCAAUCAGUCCUUGUCAGAGGCUAAUGAAGCCCAAAAUAAUGCAGAAAAAAAGCUCGAAGAAAAAAAACAAGAAAAAGCAAUAGCAACUGGAGUUGGUGUGGCAGUGAUGGCUAUUCCAGUCAUUGGGUGGAUUGUUGGCCCUACUGUAAUUGCUCUCAGUUUGACUGUGUUCCAAGAUGCAGUAAAUGAAGCUAAAAGAAGAGUGGGUUCUGCUGAAGAAAACAUAAAUUCUUGCAAAAAAAGGAUCACAGAGAAAACAAACAAACUUGACAAGCUUGAGAAGCAACAGUCAAAGGUUCAAGACGAACUAAAUUCGCUUCAACAACAAUUGGAGCAGCUUAACAUAAAGAAGAAAGAAUUGGAGCAAGAACAAAAGAAAUGUGCGAAAGUUUCAACUAAACUUAAAAAAAUUUAUUUGAUCGUAGGAGUAAUUUCUGGAAGAAGUAAGGUUUUAGAAUUGGAAACUAAAUUUGGCUGUCACUCCCUUGAGAAUUUGAUGAAUCCUUUGAAAGAAAUUGCUAGACAGCUUUUGAAAAGUAAAGAAGACAAGAGAGAAGUUGCUGCCUUCUUCUCAAGCGAUAUAGAUUACAAAGUUUUUUCUCAAAAUUUGGAAGCAAUUCAAGAACAUGAUAAAGAUAGUGCCAUGAUAAAGAAAGAGAACAUGCCAAAACUUAUUGAUGUAGAAAUGUAUUCAUAAUUACUUAAUGCUCGGUAUUUGGAAGAACGAGAAUAUUUCCCCAAAUAGUUAUAAACAGCAGUGCAAACCUGUAAUCUAUUUGAUAAAUGUUCAACACGUUUAACCAGGUGUAAAAAAAGAAGCAUAAGCAAUUACAAAUAAAAACAUAAACAAAUGAUGUGGCAAUAAUGUAAAUAUUUAUCCACUCUCCAUCAAUUUGAUAUAACAUUAAUGAAACAUUUAUUCAUCAAA